UCUGUAACCAUUCAUCUCCUUACAAUAUCCAGUAUCCUCCGCGACCAGCACAAUGAAGCACCGGUGCCUUGCCGCCCCUAAGCUGCACCGCUCAUCGUCGUCCUCUGAUCACCACCACUUCUCCCUCUGAACCACACUCUCCAAACCCUGCGCAAUGGAGCCUCAUCUCCUUGACCCCACUAGCCUGCGCUGGUCAUCAUCCAUCCCCUUAACCUACACCACCUGUUCGUUAAAAGUUCUCAAAGAGACCAAGCCCACCUCAAAUCCACCAUUUUUAUUUGUCAGAGCAGGGAAACGGAGUUCCGGAAGUUCCCAAAACGGGCUUCAGAGACAACCUAAGAAGGAUCUUUCUCGGAUUUUGAGGACAGAGGCGGCAAUUAGUGGCAUUGAGAGAAAAGCAAAUUCAAGAAAGUACAGUACUUUGUGGCCCAAAGCGGUUUUGGAGGCUUUGGAUGAGGCGAUAAGAGAGAAUAGAUAUGAGUCUGCUCUCAAGAUUUUUGGACUUCUUCGUAAACAACAUUGGUAUGAGCCAAGAUGCCAAACAUACACGAAGCUCUUGAUGAUGCUUGGCAAGUGCAAGCAACCUGAGCAGGCAAGCCUGCUGUUCGAGGUCAUGCUAUCUGAGGGGCUCCGACCCACUCUGGAUGUUUACACUGCACUUGUAAGUGCUUAUGGUCAUAGUGGCCAACUCGACAAAGCAUUUUGUACAGUUGAGGACAUGAAGUCAGUCUCCGACUGUAAACCAGAUGUAUAUACCUAUUCUAUUCUUAUUAAAUGUUGCACCACACUUGGCCGUUUUGACCUGAUUGAACGCAUUUUCACUGAGAUGUCAUAUCUUGGAAUUGAAUGUAGCACUGUGACAUACAAUACAAUAAUUGAUGGAUAUGGUAAGGCUGACAUGUUUGAACUGAUGGAGAGCUCAUUAACAGAAAUGAUUGAAAGUGGCACAUGCCUUCCGGAUAUUUUCACUUUAAAUUCUUUUAUUUGGGCUUAUGGGAAUAGUGGGCAGAUUGAAAAGAUGGAGAAGUGGUAUGAUGAAUUUCAGCUCAUGGGGAUAAGGCCAGACAUUAAGACAUUUAAUAUCCUGAUCAGAUCAUAUGGGAAGGCAUGCAUGUAUGAGAAAAUGGUGUCUGUUAUGGAGUUUAUGAAGAAAAGGUUCUACUCCCCAACUAUAGUUACUUUUAACAUUGUUAUUGAAAUGUUUGGAAGGGUUGGAAAUAUUGAGAAGAUGGAGGAGUUCUUCCUGAAAAUGAAGCAUCAAGGAGUAAAGCCUAACUCCAUUACCUACUGCUCUCUUGUUAGCGCAUACAGUAAAGCUGGGUAUUUAAAGAAGGUUGAUUCAAUAUUGAGGCAAAUUGAAAAUUCUGAUGUAACUCUAGAUACUCCAUUUUUCAAUUGUGUCCUCAGUGCUUAUGGUCAGGCUGGUGAUGUAGAAAGAAUGGGUGAAUUGUUCUUGGUUAUGAAAGAGAGGAAAUGUAAGCCUGAUAAUAUCACUUUUGCCACUAUGAUUCAAGCCUAUAAUGCCCAAGGCAUGAUUGAAGCUGCACAAAAUUUGGAGGUUAACAUGAUUACCACCAAGAACAAAUCAGGAACAAGGUUGAUCGGAUGCUAAUGUAUUAACUAAUGAGGACAAGCAACCUUCUAUAAUUGAGAACUCUAAUUUGUGAUAUGUUCAGAGCAGGAAAGAACAAUUUAUUGGCUUUGUGACCGCAUCUGCAGCAGGUGAACCUCAAUACUGCUUCAAAACAUAUCAGUUGGACCAACAAAGAUUGCAGAUUGGGGGUCUUCUCUCAAAUCUGAAGCACCUCUGCUGUCCAUGCAAUGCUGACAUUAGUGAAGUGCAGUGUUGUUCUUAACCUCUGGAGAUCUAUACAAGAGCCCUCCAUUUGAUUAGAAGAUAGGCCUUCAAGUAAAGAAAGAACACUACAUAGAUGGAAAGGAGGGUGGGAAAGAGUCGCUAGAUCAGUAUGAAUCAGAUUUGCUAUGAUAUCAUGUAACGAGAUCCAGAAAAAGAAUUUGAGAAUUCACCAAUAUAUUUUUCUCAUGAAUAAUGAAGGGGGAGAAGCAGAAGUUUGGGUUUCUGCUGCAAUCUGUAGUUACCCUUUAGCAAUGGACUACACUCAUGCUUCUAACAGUUUCUGUUUCAACUAAAGCUACAAGCCUUUCUCAGUUUUAUUAGUUUGAAGUUUUAGCCAUUUCCUGCACAAAAUUGUAUUAUUUUGAUUUAUUUUCUGGGAUUCUUUUUUUGGAUGUUACAUCCUGGGAUUUCAUAGUCAACUUAGGAUUUAACUGUUGCUUAGAUUGAGCUGUAAAACACUGUUUGAGAUGGGUGAAUCAUGUGUGAGGCAAAUUUAUAGCCAAAUGAUAA